UCCUACUCCUCCAGUUCUGCGGUCCCUUCCGUCUCCCGAGACCGAGGGGCUCCCUGUUUAAUUCUCUUCGUCGCUUCUGGUUUCAUAAUUCGCGGGAGAGAAUUCCCAGCUUCGUUUGUUCUUGAAUUUCGUGGAAGCUUUCACCCGCUCUUUCCUUCUUGUUUUUGUUGGGAGAGAAUCCUCCAUGGGGGUUUCAUCAGAGACCAAGUUCUUGCAGGAACUCAUACUCUACGCAGCCAGUGCCGCUUUAAGUUGUUUGGUAUUGUUCGCAGGCCUUCGACACCUUGACCCCAACCGUGAGGCUUCAAAGAAAGCUCUUGAGCAUAAGAAGGAGAUAGCCAAACGCUUGGGCCGCCCACUUAUUGAGACUAACCCUUAUGAGGAUGUCAUUGCCUGUGAUGUUAUAAAUCCCGAUCACAUCGAUGUGGAAUUUAACUCUAUUGGAGGAUUGGAGACUAUCAAGCAAGCAUUAUAUGAACUUGUGAUACUUCCUCUUAAGAGACCUGAGUUAUUUUCACGCGGGAAGCUUUUAGGACCCCAGAAAGGCGUAUUGCUUUAUGGGCCACCUGGUACAGGAAAAACUAUGCUUGCAAAAGCUAUUGCAAAGGAGUCCGGAGCAGUUUUUAUUAAUGUUAGGAUUUCAAAUCUGAUGAGCAAGUGGUUUGGUGAUGCACAGAAGCUUGUGGCUGCUGUGUUUAGCUUGGCUUAUAAACUUCAGCCUUCUAUUAUCUUUAUUGAUGAGGUCGACAGUUUCUUGAGUCAACGACGCUCUAGUGAUCAUGAAGCUUUGUCAAACAUGAAAACUGAGUUUAUGGCUUUGUGGGAUGGAUUUACCACAGACCAGAAUGCACGCGUAAUGGUCCUUGCUGCUACCAAUCGUCCUUCAGAACUUGAUGAAGCAAUUUUAAGACGACUUCCUCAGGCAUUUGAAAUUGGGAUACCUAACAAUCGGGAGAGGGCUGAGAUACUAAAGGUGAUUUUGAAGGGUGAGAGGGUUGAAGACAACGUUGACUAUGAUCACAUAGCUAACUUAUGCGAGGGGUAUACUGGUUCAGAUCUUCUUGAGCUCUGCAAGAAAGCGGCAUAUUUCCCAAUCAGGGAUCUACUGGAUGAAGAAAAGGAAGGAAAACAAUCUAAUUCACCGAGGCCACUGUCACAGUCAGAUUUGGAGACCGCUCUCUUCUCAUCGAGAAAGACAAAGGUUGUUGCUAGUGAGUACGCUGGAUUAGGGUCGCAACAGACAGAACUGAGUGAUUCUCAUAUUCGAGCAGUGUUGAGCAAGUUCUCAAAGUUUGGCAUUUCUCCAGAAAAUGUUGGAUCAGCCGAAGAUGACUCUUGAGAGAGAUCCCGACUCUUCUCCACAUUGGUGAAGAAAAAAAGACGACCGUGGGGAGGGAGAGGUUUCUGUUUCAUUUAUUACAUUAACGCCAUAGUUUUAACAUUGAUGAUUCUAUAAUCGUUACAAGGAAAAGCCACGGAAAUACGUAGCCUUGUUGAUGAGUUUGAAUAGCUUUGUUUUUUAAUACCAUAUCAUGUAUUGGAGAGUCAUUUUUGGACUAUUGUGUCUAAAUACUAUUGAGUUAUUGCUCUGGUGCAAUUCCUCUCAUUCUCUCU